GUUAGUUGUUAGGCUGCGACACUUCCGCUCGAAUCUUGUUCCUCGUACCCUCGUUCUCUCUUGGUAUUCUCUGACUACAUAUGUCGGCAGAGAAGAGGGUUGCUCUUGGCGACGCAUUCCCGAGUGUUCGAGGGUGUGUGGAACCUUUCAUCUAGAACCUGCAUUCUCUCAAGAUCGCGGAGAGUGUGGUCUUCCUUGGAGUCUAGUACGUUUUCUUGGUGGGUUUUUGAGUUUUCGGUCGGUUUAUUGGCUUUUGGUGUAGUUUGAGAGCCAAGAUCGGAGUUCUUUUCUCUUCUUGUCGAACUGCGUGAGAUUAACGCCUAGUUUUUUCUUGUAUUUAACUGGAUUUACUCGAAUUGAAGAGAAAUCCCGGUGUUCUGUCUUUCUUUGAGGCAGAGAUUCGGAAGGCUAGCUUCUUGAGUUCCUUUUCUUGAUUUCGUGGUGUUUCAUGAGGAACUUGUAUAGAAGAUAAGCGUGCCUGCUAUGUUUGUUUGUUGCUUGAGGUAGACUGAGGUCAGUCACUUCAAUUCGUGCGCGGAAUACUACGAAAUGGUAUUUUUGGGUGGUUGAAUUGUCUGAGCUUCGAUUCAGACGUCAAGCCCAUAAACAUUUCUGUGGAAAUGGAGCCGCAUUUAGAGAUUCACCUCGAGGAUCCGGUCAAAAAGCCUCAAUCAUCGACUGCCUCUGAACAAUCGACAGCUGUUGACGUCUUGAAGAAAUCAUCGAAAAUGGUAAAACCCAGCGGAAGAACACCAACUGCUAGAAUCUCCAGUACCGUUUCUUCCAUCAAGAAGCGGACAGAAGGAGCUGAUCAAACAGGUUUGCGUGUCAGAAGGUCUAAAUCCACUUUAACGAAGUCUGCUGGGAGCUUGAAUGCCGCUUCAUGGCAGAGGAGAAAUAGCACCGGUUGCAUUGCACUGAAGCUGCCAUCUUCAGCUACAAAACGGCAGGAAAAUGGAACGUCUAUUGAUGGUAAAAAGAAAGCUUCUUCGGUUUCUGAACAUGGGAAGAGAAGAAGCCUUGAAAGCAGACUUUCAUUACUGCCUUCUGUGAUCCCAAAGGUACCUUCCUCUGUAGCACGUUCAGAGACAUUGAAGUCAUCUCCUGUGUCUCGGUUAUCAUCUAAGUCUGACAGUACUGAGGCAGAUUUGACACGGAAUCCACUCGUGAAACCAUCAACAGUUUCUUCUUUGAGAAGGUUUACCACAUCUUCAGUGGACAGUCCCAAUGGCUGCAGUAGUCUAAGAAAAGUGGAUUCAAACGUGUCGUCUCCCUCAGGACGUUCACCUUCAGUUACAAGCAGCUUUAAGUUGGGAUCAAUGUCUGCAUCUAUCGAUAGGGGUUCCUCUUUAUCAGGCCGAAAGAAGACUUUGACUCCAGAGAGUCGUGAUUCUCGCUUCAUGAUGCUUCCUCGGGUGGAUGUCAAGGCAGGGGUUGAAAUGCGGCUUGAUUUAAGAGGACACAGGGUUCGCAGUCUUAAUGCCUUGACUUUGUCACCAAUCCUAGAGUUUGUUUAUCUCAGGGACAAUCUUCUUUCAUCUGUGGAGGGUAUUGAAAUUUUAAAGAGGUUGAAGGUGCUUGAUCUGAGUUUCAAUGAUUUCAAAGGGCUUGGUUUUGAGCCUCUUGGAAAUUGCAAAGGCCUCCAGCAACUUUAUCUUGCUGGAAAUCAAAUAACAUCUCUGGUUACCCUUCCUCAACUUCCAAAUCUGGAGUUUCUCUCUGUUGCUCAAAACAGAUUAAAGUCACUUUCCAUGUCUGGUCAACCUCGGCUGCAGGUAUUAGCAGCUAGCAAAAAUAAGAUAUCAACUUUGAAGGGGUUUCCGUAUUUACCACUUCUUGAGCAUCUGCGUGUGGAGGAAAAUCCUAUAUUAAAGAUGCCUCACUUAGAAGCAGCUUUGGUAUUGCUUAUUGGCCCUACAUUAAAGAAGUUUAAUGACCGUGAUCUUUCACCUCGCAAACUGGAAAUUGCAAAGCUAUACCCUGGUCAUACAGCUUUGUGCAUCAGAGAUGGAUGGGAAUUUUGCCAGCCAGAUCUUGCUGAAGAGUCAACAUUUUCAUUCCUAGUUGAAAAAUGGAAGGAUAACAUUCCUCAUGGCUACAUGCUUAAACAAACCUCAGUUGAUCAGCCAUUUGAAGAAGAUAUCUGCUGCUCCCACUUUAACUUUGUAAACUUAAGCAGCCACUCUGAGCUUGUCCUUAAGUUCCAAUGGCUUAUAGGAGAAAGAAUACUCUCUAGCUUUUUACCUAUUGCAGAUGCUGUAGGCGAGGUUUACUGGCCAAAACACGAUGAUGUUGGCAAAUUUCUGAAGGUCGAAUGCACUCCAAUUCUCAAUGAUGUUGAGUACCCUUGUGUUUUUGCUGUAUCAUCAGUUGUUGCCCCAGGAACCAGAUAUCCUAAAGUUUUAAAUUUGACCGUGCAUGGUGAGCUUGUGGAGGGAAAUGUAAUAAGAGGUUCUGCUGAGGUUGCAUGGUGUGGUGGAACCCCAGGUAAAUGUGUAGCAAGCUGGUUGAGGCGAAGAUGGAACAGCAGCCCUGUUGUAAUAGUGGGAGCUGAAGAUGAGGAGUACAAGUUAACUGUAGAUGACAUUGAUUCGAUUUUGAUUUUCAUGUACACUCCAGUUACAGAAUCUGGUGUCAAGGGAGAACCACAGUCUGCAAUGACUGACUUUAUAAAAGCAGCUGCCCCAUCGGUCAAUAAUGUGUGGGUUCUAGGAGAUGCCGUUGAAGGAAAUACAUUAAAAGGUGUUGGAGAAUAUUUCGGAGGAAAAGAAGGGCCUAGCAAGUUCAAGUGGUUAAGAGAGAGUAAAGAUUCAAGCAUUUCUGAACUAGCUUCUUCUGGUACCAAUGAGUAUUCCUUGACCAAAGAGGAUAUUGGGAGAUGCUUAGUCUUUGUAUAUAUUCCUGUUAACUUUGAAGGCCAGGAGGGACAAUCAUCAUCUGCCACUUCAGAAAUUGUAAAGCAAGCCCCUCCAAGGGUUACCAAUUUGAAGAUUGUUGGAAAUAUUAGAGAAGGAAGCAAGGUGACUGUUAGUGCUGUUGUUAAUGGGGGAACUGAGGGAUUUAGUAGAGUUCAAUGGUUCAGAACAACUUCCCAGAGAUUGGAAGGUGAAAAUUGUCUUGAAGCAGUUAGUGCCUCCAAAGUUGCAAAAGCAUUUCGUAUUCCACUUGGUGCUGUUGGGCACUACAUUGUUGUGAAAUUCACUCCUAUGGCCCCUGAUGGUGAAGCUGGUGAACCAACACAUGCUAUAUCGGGAAAAGUAGUUGAGGCUCUUCCACCAAGCCUAAAUUUUCUGUCUCUAACUGGUGUUUUUUCUGAGGGUGAGAUGUUGACAACAUCAUAUAGUUAUAUUGGGGGCCAUGAGGGUAAAAGUAUCUUCAAUUGGUAUCUCCAUGAAAAUGAAACCAUUAAAGGCGUGUUAAUACCAGAGGCAUCAGGAUUGCUUCAGUAUCGGAUUACAAAAGAUGCUAUUGGCAAAUAUGUUUCUAUUAAAUUCACUCCUGUAAGAGAUGAUGGAAUCAUUGGUGAGCCAAGAACUUUCUUAGGACAAGAACAAGUUCGUUCAGGAAGUCCAAGAGUGCUUUCGCUAUGGAUAAUUGGCAAGGCUGUUGAAGGAAACACAUUGUGUGCUGACAAAAGAUAUUGGGGUGGAGAAGAAGGUGAUUCUGUCUUCCGUUGGUUCCUGACGAGUCCUGAUGGUAUUCAGCAUGAAAUCAAAAGUGCUACAACUACAUCAUAUACCCUAAGAGUCAAUGAUAUUGGCUUUCUAGUGUCUGUUUCAUGUGAACCGGUUCGAAGUGACUGUGCUCAUGGUCCUACAGUUCUUUCAGAAUGUAUUGGUCCCAUUGUUCCUGGACCACCAUCUUGUCGAUCACUUGAAUUUCUUGGAUCAAUUAUUGAAGGAAGUAGCUUGAGUUUUAUCGCUGAGUAUAAUGGAGGUAAAAGAGGGACCUGCAUACAUGAAUGGUUUAGGGUGAAGGAUAAUGGUGCAAAGGAUAGAAUUAGUGCUAAUGAUUACCUUGAUUUGAGUAUCGAUGAUGUUGGUGCAUGCAUUGAGCUUGUCUAUACACCUGUAAGGAAGGAUGGAGCAAGAGGAUCUCCAAAGAGCAUUAUUUCAGAUAUCAUAGUUCCUGCGGAUCCAAAGGGCAUUGAGCUUGUCCUACCAAGCUGCUGUGAGGAUCAAGAAACUGUUCCCCUGAAGUCAUACUAUGGUGGGAAAGAGGGAACUGGGAAAUAUAUUUGGUACAGAACCAAAGAGAAGAUAGAUGAGUCAGAACUUGUAAAUAAAGCUGCUUCAUCUGAUGAUAUUCUUCUUGUUGGAGAAACCUUAUCUCCAAGCAGAACAUACACACCCUCAUUUGAAGAUGUUGGUUGCUAUUUGGCCCUAUACUGGGUGCCUACACGGACGGAUGGGAAACUGGGCAAGCCAUUAGUCGCUUUUAGUAGUAAUGUGGUCAUGGCAGCUCUUCCUUCUGUUUCGGAAGUAUGUAUAAAAGAGCUCAGUUCAGGUGUAUAUGCUGGAGAAGGAAAAUAUUAUGGUGGGUAUGAGGGAUCAAGCCUGUAUAGUUGGUACAGAGAAACUAAAGAAGGAACUAUAGUUCUUAUUACUGAAGCCAAUUCCACCAUUUAUGAGGUUAAAGAUUCAGAUUACAACUGCCGUCUAUUAUUUGGCUAUAUUCCUGUUCGUUUUGAUGCACUUGUAGGAGAACUCAAGUUAUCAGAACCAACUGAUGUAAUUCUCCCAGAGAUUCCAAAAUUUGAUAUGCUUUCUUUUAAAGGAAAGGAAGUUGAAGGAGAAAUGAUUACAGUUGUUGAACUAAUUCCUAAAAGUGAUAUUCAGCAGCAUGUCUGGAACAAGUACAAGAAAGAGAUUAAGUACCAAUGGUUUUAUUCAUUAGGAGAUGGAGAGCAUCCGUCCUUUGAACCAUUGCCAUCUCAGCUUUCUUGUUCAUAUAAAGUGCGGUUUGAGGAUAUAGGCCGAAGUUUGAAAUGUGAAUGCACCGUCACAGAUGUGUUCGGAAGAUCAAGUAAUACUGUGUCAGCACAAACUUCUGCUGUAUUGCCAGGAAUUCCUAAAAUUGAUAAACUGGAGAUUGAAGGAAGGGGCUACCACACAAAUUUGUUCGCUGUUCGAGGUAUCUAUAGUGGUGGUAAAGAAGGCAAGAGCAGAAUCCAGUGGCUUAGAUCAAUGGUUGGAAGCCCUGAUUUAAUCUCAAUACCUGGCGAGACUAGUAGGAUGUACGAAGCUAAUGUUGAUGAUGUAGGAUACAGAUUGAUAGCAGUUUAUACGCCAAUAAGAGAGGAUGGAAUGGAGGGACAAGCUGUAUCUACAUCAAUGGACCCAAUUUCAGUUGAGCCUGAUAUUUAUAAGGAAGUGAAGCAGAAGUUGGAACUUGGAUCUGUGAAAUUUGAGGUAUUAUGUGACAAAGAUCGAUCUGCAAAAGAGGCUCCAGGUGUCCGGAAUCUGGAGAGAAGAAUUCUAGAAGUCAACAGGAAGAGGGUCAAGGUCAUUAAACCUGGUUCUAAGACUUCUUUUCCAAACACUGAAAUCCGUGGAACUUAUACCCCGCCUUUUCAUGUUGAACUGUAUCGGAAUGAACAACACCGAUUCAAGAUUGUAGUUGACAAUGAGAAUGAAAUGGACUUGAUGGUGCAAACUCGACAUAUGCGGGAUGUCAUUGUUCUUGUAAUAAGAGGUUUUGCCCAGCGGUUCAACAGCACUUCUCUUAAUUCACUUCUCAAGACAGAGACAUGAUGCAUUUGGUAUUAGAAGACGGGGCAGAAGAAUGUGGAGGUGCCCUUCAGUAUAUCUUUUUGCAAUGCACCAUGAGGAGAUUUUUUCUUUUUUUGCCUGAACUUGCUGGACGCCAGCCUUGGACGGGUUCUCAAUGUGAUUGCCGGUGCAUGUUGUCCCGAUCUUUGGUAGGGAUGCAAAAUGUCCAACCUCGAGGAAGCUGGACAAGCACUUUUUAUCAAUCAUUCACCCAUCGGCCUCAUACUUUCGCUGGACUGCACUUGUUUGCUGUGAAUUAUGAUGUGCCUUUGAUGA